AUGACCCUCUUUUCUCGGACUAGCAACCCAUUUCUCCCCUCCAUUCGAGUUAGGGUUGUUCCGUUCGGUGUGGUCCAUCUUUCUCCUGCGAGGACAGGUUCGUCUCAGGUGACCCGCUCCUUACAACUGGCCGAAAAGUGCCCGACCACACCACAUGUCCAUCAUCUCAGAAGUCUUACUUGUCACCCUGCCUCUUACUUUUUCACGGGUGACCCAUCGGCGUUUCCCGGACCCUUUUCCUUAUCGGUAGGAGGCACCAGCGUAUUAACUCGCUUUAUCCCCAGUUUACGGUCCCCCUCUACUGUACACCACCGAGCCUUGUGCCUGAACUCGCCACAAGUCGUGCAGCUCGGCCCCAAAGACCUUGGGCUUGUCAAACCCAUAACGCAGAUCCCAGGCUCUCCUAUUGGGAACUGCCUCAGCCUUCCAGUCUUCUUCCACCUCUUCUUUCGGAUCCCGUAUCUGGAUCCACUCCCGGUCCUUCUUUUUCAUCACUACCUUGAUCCCCCGGGGGUUCCUACCUACACCCCCUCUUUUUCUAUCCCAGAAUUGCUCGCCGGUCCGAGCCGCUUCUAUGGCUGCGACCAAGCUGACCGGUCCCCCCUUCACGUCCCUGUCACCCAGCGCGUCCACAUACACAUCGGCCAACAAGGACCACUGUCCCGAGUCGCCAACUCCGGAAAAGUUAACGCUGCUAGCCCCGCGAUUCUUUCCCACAAUUCCUCAUUAGUCUCUCCUUCUUUGUUCUGUAGCCGGAAUAAUUUCCUGCCUCAAUGGCCGUACGCUCACUUGCGUAUUCCGCACCAGAGCGGAUUUAAGCUCGGUCCACGUCAGGGCCAGGUUUUCUUUGUACGCCCCCCCCCCAUAAACUUGGACACCUGCCCCGUUGCGGCGCACUUAGAAGCUAGGAGCACCAUUUCUUGGUCCGAGAGGCUAUAG